AUGAUCCGUUCGACGCUUACUCGUCUUCGUAUUCCUCGCCCCAUUCGUCGCUACAGUAAACUAGCAACUAUGUCUCUGAAGGCAAUCUCCGCCAAAGAUGCUGCUUCGCUUGACAAGGACCUCAUGGAGACCGGCGGCUGGUCUCUAGACCAGUUGAUGGAGCUAGCGGGGCUGUCUGUCGCGGAAGCCGUAUGGAGAGUUCACCCACCCAACUCGGGGAAGAACGUGCUUGUAGUCUGCGGACCAGGCAAUAAUGGAGGAGACGGCCUCGUAGCCGCUCGGCACUUAGCCCACUUUGGCUAUGUACCGUCAGUAUACUACCCCAAAGAGGGCAAAAAUGAGCUUUACCAGCGCCUGAAAACCCAACUCCAAAACCUAUCAAUCCCUUUCGUCACGGACUUUCCAUCAGCUUUAAAGUCAACAGACUACCUCAUUGACGCCAUUUUCGGCUUCUCCUUUGGUGGGCCAUUGCGCGAUCCCUUUGGCGACAUCGUCUCGCAAAUCGAGUUCGCUAGCGUUCCUGUGCUGAGCGUCGAUGCCCCGAGCUCAUGGGAUGUCCAGAGCGGACCGCCAAAGGAAGGUCCUGGUGCGAAAUUUAUGCCAGGCGCACUGAUUAGUUUGACUGCACCCAAGCCAUGCGUGGCACACUACCGGGGCAGGCAUUUUGUUGGUGGUAGGUUCUUGACGAAGAACAUUGCGGAGAAAUACGGGCUUGAUAUGCCGAAGUAUCAGGGCGUCGAUCAAGUUUUGGAGAUCGGGGUUGAUGCCGAGGGCAAGCUGUAG